AUGAGGUUAGCGUGGAGGAAGGAAGCGCACAAGAAGCACCGCACCAAGCCUGAUCCGCCAUUCAUUCUUAAAGUCUCUCCGGGCCUUCCACAGUCAUGGCUGGAUAAAAGGAUUUUCACUCCUAAGUGGGAGCUAAGGUCAGACUGGGAAAAGGAACAGGCUUUUUAUAUCAAUACAUUGAACCGCGAGGAAGAGUAUAGUGGAGCCGGGUUGGCCAAGAUCAGAGGUGAAGACUUCCAGGAAUAUGAGAAGGGAAAAGGACACGAUAAGAUCGUGCAGAUACUGCUAGAAAGAGGAGCCGAUGUCAACGCCCAGGGUGGAUUCCACGGAAAUGCCCAUCAAGCGGCUCGUCGGGGAGGAUACCACCGUAUAGUGAAACUUUUCCAGGGACAUCAUUGUGCUGAUCAGUCGACCUCCCAACCUCCCCCUUCCAAAAGGCUCAAGGUAUCAUCAUGA